CAGCUAUCAAUUUUGUGAAGUCUGAAUAUGAAAACAUUAAAUAAUACAAUUAAAAAAAAAUUAAUAAACACUUGAUCCUAUAUUUAAAUCUAUUGAAAAUGGCCUUAUACAGUAGACUCAAUAUUUGUAAUAUACGAGGGUCGACCUUACUGUAUAAAACGAAUAUAUUAAACAAUUGUCCUAGCUUAAAUGAGGUUUCAAAACGUUGUUUAUUUUGGGAGAAGGAAAGAAAAGCAGGAUACGAUCCCAAAGAUAAAGUAAGCACCUUUAUGCAUAUAAGAAAUGGUAUGAAGGAACUUAAAACUGAAUUUAAAUUAUUAUCUCAAGAAAUUAAGGAACAUGUGUCCCAUCCUGUACUUUUUGCAAGACCUGGCGAGACAGAUUUAUUAUGGUGCUUUAACGAGACAAAUGAAUUAAAUAAGUUUGUAACAACAUGUGAUAGUGACCAUAAUGAGGGUUACAGUUCCUGUGCCUUUGACAUGAGCCCAGCUGGACGAGGAUUGUUCCACGGAUACCUCGACACCAGAACACCUAAAGAUGGACGUAUUAAAAAAUCAGGUUAUUGUGCCAUUCGUUCAAAACGAGUCAGGAAAGCCUUCAAACGUGAAGCUACAUAUGACUGGAAUCUGUAUAACACGCUAGUGUUAAAAGUAAGGGGCGACGGUCGGUCUUAUUUGUUAAAUAUUUCGUGCGAGGGCUAUUACGAUAUAACGUGGAAUGAUAUAUACCAUUACGUUUUAUACACUAGAGGAGGACCCUACUGGCAAAUAGCCAAGAUUCCUUUUUCAAAGUUUAUUUUAGGAUCAAAAGGAAGAUUACAGGAUAAGCAAACAAGAAUGAGGCUAGAUAGAGUGACACAUUUUGGAAUAUCAUGUGGUGACAAAAUAAAUGGAGUUUUUAAUCUCGAAAUUGAAUACGUUGGCUUAGAAUUUGAUCCCACGCACGAUGAACAGUUUGCAUACGAAAUGUAUAAGACCGAUAGGUAUAUAGUCGGAGUUUAAAAAUAAUUUGAAUUAAUAAAUAAUAAGUAAUUUA